UUCCAUUCAACUAAAUUGAUUAGUCAUAGCUUUCUGUUUGUUACUUCUUCUAUAAAGGGGAUUUUGAUUUCAAUAUCCUUCAACUGCUAAUUGCAAAUAUAUUUUGUUUGUGGGUUCUGAUCUUUAUGGUGUAAAUUUUGGGGAGUGGUCUGAUUUGGGUAUUGUAAAAUUUCAAUGCACAUCAGAUUAUAUGUUAUCACCUACUAGGUCUUGCAAUGCCUGCAUAUUAAGAAAGGAAGGAAUUUUUUGUUUCGGUGCAAAUCUCCAUGCUUUGGCUGCAUUUUCAGCUCUGAUUUAAACCUGAAAGGUUUCUGAGUUAACGAGGAGAUGGCAGCAGAUGGGAUUGAUUGGAACAGCAGUCACAGAGCAUCAGACGGCAGCCAUGAGGGUAGUGCUACUGCUGGGGGAAUGAUGGGCUUUGUUUCUAUGGGAAAACCCAACAAGCCCAAAAAGAAGGGGCGAUUUCUCAGGUCUAUACUCAGGGGAUUUGCAGCUCCAAUUGCAUGCAGGUGGCGAAGCAUGCCCAGGGGGCCGUCACACUUCCCCACAAUUAAGAGCACGGUAACAGGUACCUUAUUUGGGUACAGGAAGGGGCAUGUGCAUUUUGCAGUGCAGGAAGAUCCAAGGUGCCUUCCUGUGUUGCUCAUAGAGUUGGCAACACCCACAAAUUCUGUGGUGAAGGAAAUGGCUUCAGGGCUGGUUAGAAUGGCAUUGGAAUGUGAGAGAAGACCUAAUAGAGGGAGCAUUUUUGAAGAAUCCAUUUGGACCUUGUAUUGCAAUGGUAGGAAGACUGGAUAUGCUAUGAGGAGGAGCUGCUGUGAAUCAGAUUUGAGAAUACUUAACAUGGUCCAGGCUGUUUCCAUGGGAGCUGGUGUUCUUCCUACUGAGGAAGAAGGCCGAGAUGGAGAGCUAAUGUACAUGAGGGCCAGGUUUGAGAGGGUUAUGGGUUCAAGGGAUUGCGAGGCUUUCUAUAUGAUGAAUCCUGAUGGCGCUGGUGAGCCAGAGCUCAGCAUUUUCCUUCUUAGGGUAUGAAUGAAAGAUUUUGAAGUGCCCAUGAGAAAACAAAAUGCAUUUGUAUGGGUAUUGAAAUUUUUCAAGGUUAUGACUAGUACUUCCAAGUUUGUAUUUACAUUGUCUUCUUGUUGGAGUUGAUUGUUACCCACUUCUACUGUAAAUCAGGAUUUUGAGUUCACUCUUGUUUUUAGUCUUAACUCUUCUAGGCAUAAGAUCAUGUUGUCUUAUCCUAUAUUGAUGGGACCUUGGUAUCAUGUUUGACUGACAGUGAGCAGUUAUUGCACCUAAUGAACUCUUGCCUUUCGAGGGGAACAUAUUCAGAUUUGUAGAGAUAGUUCUGAUUCUAGGUAGGUAGAUACACAUGAUAAUCUUUCAGAUGAUAUUGUAGCCCAGCACAGGUGUAUCUGAUAUUGGUCAGAAGAUUUCAGGUCUUUACUGUAGUUCUCUGCAAUGUGGAACAGUGAAAGAAAACUUUAUCCUCAACAGGAUGACAAGAUUUAAAAUAAAACAAUUGUAUCCCUCAACAUCCCAAACCCUUUAAGCAGUUUAUAAGCUGAGGUUAACAGUUAUUCUAUGAAGGAAUCAUGUUUACAGAGGGGUUUCAGUUUUGAGGUCAGUAAUGCAGAAGUUGAUUUUUGAAGGGGUCUGUCUCAUAGGUUAUAUUUAAUUUCAUGUGGAUGUUAAAAUAAUUUCUUCUUCAAGAUUACUGCACAAGAUAAUGUCUGAUUAAAUUAUGGACCUGCAAAACAGAUUUUAGCAUCUUGACAUGAUUUUGCAAUCAUGUCAAUCAUGUUUUUGUGUAUGUAAUUUUGAUUGGUCAACUGCAGGUUCAUUGGCAA